UUUUCCAACCAAAAUUAACAAUUCUUUGUAAGAGAAACAUAUUUAGUAAUUAUAUGUAAAUAUUUCUAGGGUGGCUGGUGGCUACUAAGGCGCUUCUGUAAAUUCAUCAGUUCCACAUGUCAACAGUGGAGGGCAGCAGAGAUCCUUGAGAAAAACAUUAAUGUACAGUACAUGGGCGUGUCUUUACCAGCCCUGGUUUUAUUAUGUCCGCACCAUUUACUGCCGGGGCGACCGAGCAGACAGCCUCAAAGGUGGAGUUGUCAGCCGAAAAACCUGCUCAGAUCCGACGGCUUGUUCGGCGAGAACACCCCUUUAAACCACAUGGAUGGAACAAACAAAUCAAAGUGGUUUUGCAGAAAAACUUCCAACUUGAUCAAAUAAUCAUGCGUGAUCAUUACUUAAAUUCGGUAGAUUAAAAAUAUCCCUCAAACAACUUUUUCUGCUAUAUCAUUCUGUUUUAAGCAGCAACGUUACAUCCCAUUGUCCUUUUUUGUCAUCCAAUGUUGCACUUUGCAGACUACUGCCUGAAACAGACGCGUGCAAAAUUGUGACUUUAUCAUUAUUUUUAAAAUGCUUUUUAUUAUCAAAUUUGCUCUGAAAGAUCCACGCUUCCUUUCUCAAACUCCUCCUCCCCCGCUCGUCACUUCUCCCCGAGUCAUCGCCCAUCUGACGGUGAAGGAACGGACCCAGUAUCGAGAAACCCCUCGGAGUGAAAACCUUAGCGGAGAAGUAAACAGAGCGGUUUCAUUCCGUUGAAACUACAUCUUCUUUGCAGCGAUGCCUUCUGUCACAAGCCUGUCAAUCGCCUACGAGGCAGUGAAUCCGACCGGAACGUUUUCUGAGGGAGACAUCAUCAUGGGCAAUGUGAAUCUUGUCCUAGCAAAGGAGACCAAAGUUCAGAGCCUGUUCAUAAAGGCCAAGGGUGACGCCGAUGUUCGCUGGACGAGAAAACACGGCGAUCGCACGCAUACAUACUCCGCGCACCGGAGAUAUUUCAAAUUAAAGCAGUUUUUAAUCCCUGAGGACUCCGGUGAAGUUGUUUUGUCUGAAGGGGUCCAUGUUUAUAAAUUCAACUUUAAGCUACCAACAGAAGGCAUGCCUUCAACCUUCAGAGGGGCUCAUGGGAAGAUAGUCUACAAGCUGGAGGCCAACCUGUCCCGGAGUUGGAGGAUGGAUUCCUCAGCAGAGAAGGAGAUCAAUUUUGUCUCAAAGACUUUUCCAAAUUUUCACUCUCUUAUGUCACAGCAAGUUGGUUCAACAAACAAGGAGAUGGGGAUGUUCUCAAAAGGACAUGUAAACAUGGAUGUCACAGUUACCAAGUUGGCUUAUACUCCAGGUGAGACAAUGAUGAUUACUGCAAAUAUCAACAAUUCUUCAUCCAAAGAGAUGACUCCCAAAUUUACGAUAAAACAAGACAUUGUGUACCGGGCCAGUGGAGAUACCAGACAUGAGAGCAACACUGUCGUCAAAGUGGCAGAGAACGCAAUUAAACCCCAUACACAGGAGAACGUCACGUGCACACUUCAGAUUCCCACGGAUCAGAUCCCAACUAUCUUCAACUGUGAGAUUAUCUCAGUGGAAUACCAGUUAAAGGUUUAUCUGGACAUCAGCUUUUCUUUCGAUCCAGAGGUUGUGUUCCCAGUGGUCUUUUUACCUCCAGGCUUUCAGUAUAGUGGGGCUAUGGGCCCCCAUUCUUUUGCACCAGUUGGGGGCCCAAGUGCCAGCGAUUUCCCACCUCCUGCAACAGCUAUGGGUCUUUACCCAUCAUUUCCACAUUCAGGCAGUUACGGAUACCCUGGAGUCCACAGUGGUUUAGCAUCACCAGCUGCAACACCAAAUGACCCACCGGCGUAUGCUGGUCCACCUGGUGUAUACCCACCUCAACCGACACACAUGCCCGGCGGCUACUAUAACCCAGUGCCACAGAUGCCUUCUCCAUAUGGUUCUCCAUUUUCAUCCUCAUCCUCAUCUUCUGUGCUUCAACCUCCACCCAGUGCUCCAGCAUUUUACCCACCUCCAGCUCAAUCAGCCCCACUGGUCCAGCCAUCACCUUCCUCUCAGUUCCCAACAGCUCCCAACUACAAUCCGAUGCCUUCUGCACCGAUGAUGAAUACCGACUUUCUGUCCCAAUCGGAUGAAAGUCCUCCUGCAUAUUCACUGCUUUUCCCAUCUUCUCCAGCUGAAAGAGCCAAUGCCAAAUGAUACAAAAUACAGUAUGUCGUGACUAAGUCACUUAAAGCAAAAUACAGAUCGUUAAUAAUCGGAGGUGUCUCACUCACGUUUGAAUUUAAAUGAAGAAAAGAGCAGUGCGAGUGUGCAUGGUUUGUUGUCUUUUUUUGGUCCUGUGGUGGACUGGUGGCUUAUCCAGGAUGUACCAUGUCUAAAGCAGUGGCAGGUGAGAAAGGCCCUACACUCCCCUCCCUCCCCCCCUCCAACUCCCACCCUAAAUAGUAUACGUUUGCGUAUAGAAAAUGGAUGAAUAAAAAAUUAUAGUAUGUUAUAUGCUGCUUUCUCUAAUUGAUUGUAGUUUUCUGGUCAGUUUGCAUUUCCUGGCUCUGUUCAGCUGCUACUGAAUUAACUUCUAACCUAAACCUUCAGGAUGGACUCCAUAUUACAGGCCUUAUUUAACAAAGUGUCCUUUGUUAGUAUAUUUUUUUAUUUAUUUACUACCUCUCCUGUAUUUUAGGGUAUUUACAGUAAAUUGGAAACAUAUUGUAUACAACGUGUUUUUUUUUUCACUCAAGUAGUUAAAUAAGUAGUCAGAUCUUUCCACUAUACUAAUCUGUCUUUGUUGGACUUCAGAUAACUACUUUUUAUUAAUUUUAUUACACUUAGAAGUCUGUUUUCUUUAUACUCAAACUAUGCUCUAUUAUUUCUGUUAUUCAAAUAAA